CGAGAUGAAUAGGUACCAAUGUUAUAGAUCAAUCAUGGCAGGAGGAUUCGUGCGUUCUUUAAAGAGAGGUUACCUUCACACGACCCGGGAUUCCAGUGCUUACCAGUGACACUCUUUUUGUUCUACGAAACAUUCUCUUGCUAGCAAUAUGAAGUUCCUCACUGUCGCCGCUUUUGCCACCAUCGCGCAGCUGGCGUCUGCCCACACCACGGUCGGGUGGGUCUUUGUUAAUGGCAAGGAGCAGGGUCGAGGCGAUGUUGUGCCGGGCGGCUACAUCAGGAAGCCCAACAAUAACGACCCUGUGAAAGAUGUGAAGUCAGGAGACAUCACUUGCAACACGAGUAAAGGGCCGAACACCAAGAAUGUGAACGUCAAGGCCGGAGACGAGGUCACCGUGGAAUGGUUCCACGACAACCGAGGAGAUGACAUCAUCGCGGAUAGCCACAAAGGUCCCGUCCAGGUCUACAUUGCCCCCGCGCAAACGAACGGCAAGGGCAAUGUCUGGGUCAAGAUCGCAUCCGACGCCUAUUCCAACGGCGUGUGGGCAACCGACAAACUCAUCAAGAACAAGGGCAAGCACUCGUUCAAGGUGCCCAAUGUUGCUGGUGGUGACUAUAUCGUCCGCGCCGAGAUUAUCGCCCUCCACGAGGGCAAUCGCGUCGGUGGCGCGCAGUUCUAUCCGAGCUGCAUCCAGUUUAAGGUUGCUGGAGGGAGUGGCAAGCUUCCGGCGGGAAUAGCACUGCCUGGUGCAUACUCGCAGAAUGACCCUGGUAUCUUGUACGAUGUUUAUCAGCAGCCGCUGAAGCCCUAUACUGCACCUGGAGGCCCAGUUCUCAUCAAGGGUUGAUUGAGAUUGGUAAGGACAGGCAAGAUUGUUAGUCGUCCAAGAUAGACGGCUCGGAUGUUGCAUCUACGUAUUGAGGAGUAUUCCGUACAGAUCAUGGUGUGAUUGCCUUUAUAUAUAAAUCUUACGGGGCAGCUCGUUUACUCCAUCCUAGAACUUUGACAUUGCAAUCUUACGGCUGGUGCUCGUUUCAGGAUUACCUCAAACUGUUGCACUACCAUCUGAUAAAAUGAACACUUUUACCACUACUUGGUUUUUAGAUAAUACAUGGCUUCU